UUCGGCAAAUUUACCUCACUGUCGUAAAGGAGAGGCUGGAAAUUGGAUAUUACUAUUACUUUUUCGGCACUGAAGGCUGUUUUGGGAAAGUGCCGGUGCCUCAGGAUCUGCCAGUGAGCGGAGGAACCCGUUAUUCGAGUUUCUGCUCCCUCCCUGCCCUUAUAAAGCCCUACGCCGGUACGGUGGCCGAGAGUUGGGAGUGAGGCGGAAGUACCCAGCGGGUGGGUGUGCGCGCACCUCGGGAAGCAGGGGUGCACGUGGAGACGGUAGGAGAGAUCAUGUCUUUUCGAGGAGGAGGUCGUGGAGGCUUUAACCGAGGCGGAGGCGGUGGCGGUUUCAACCGCGGGGGCAGCAGCAACAACAGCCAUUUCCGAGGCGGCGGCGGCGGCAAUUUCAGAGGCGGCGGCCGAGGAGGAUUUGGACGAGGGGGUGGCCGCGGGGGCUUUAACAAAGGCCAAGACCAAGGACCUCCAGAACGCGUAGUCAUAUUGGGAGAGUUCCUGCAUCCUUGUGAAGAUGACAUAGUGUGUAAAUGUACCACAGAUGAAAAUAAGGUGCCUUAUUUCAAUGCUCCUGUUUAUUUAGAAAACAAAGAACAAAUUGGAAAAGUGGAUGAAAUAUUUGGACAACUUAGAGAUUUUUAUUUUUCAGUUAAAUUGUCAGAAAAUAUGAAGGCAUCUUCCUUUAAGAAGCUACAGAAGUUUUAUAUAGACCCUUAUAAGCUACUGCCACUGCAGAGGUUUUUGCCUCGGCCUCCAGGCGAGAAGGGACCUCCGAGAGGCGGUGGCAGGGGAGCUCGAGGAGGAGGGAGAGGCGGAGGUGGCCGAGGCGCUGGCAGAGGUGGUGGCUUUCGAGGUGGAAGAGGAGGUGGAGGUGGGGGCUUCAGAGGAGGAAGAGGGGGCGGUGGUUUCCGAGGGAGAGGACAUUAGAUGUAUUGAUGGACAGACUUCACCAGUUGAGUUCUGCAUUAAUCUGGAUGAUCUACUUCUUCUGUGGAUUGGAAACUUGUUUUUUGAACAAGUCUUGAAGAUAUGGUCAUUUGUGACAUUACAGCUAAGAUGUCAGCUUCAUGCAAAAAUGAGUGCAACAGAAUAAUCAGUUUUGCUCUAAAAGAGCAAGAAAAAUGUUUCAAUGUUUUGUACAGUGCCUGGCACUCUGUGGGUGCUUGAUAAAUGGACAGGAGUUUUCAUUUGAAACAGAAUUGAAUUUUUAAAAUAAAGCAUUUUAUUCCUUUUA